AUGAACCAAUCAUAAAAAUAAUUUGAAUUCAAGAAUGUUGAUGAAUUGAAGGCCUUCCUUAAAUAUUAGCAGAGAUCAGCAAAUCAAUAUAAAUUAAGAUUUAAUGAUUUGUUGCUAGAAAAGGUUGAAGAAUCCCCAAUCAAACUCGAUUCUGAUUUGUCUCUUGCAGACUUUUAAACCUUAUACGAUUCAAAGGUUCCAGUAAUUAUCAAAGGGUUGGACAAGGAUUGGGAAAAUUGGGAUUGGGAUUAUCUGAUUUAAAAUUAUAAGGAGUGUUAUUUCAGAUGUGCAAUAGAUGAUGAUGGCAACUAUUUGAAAUUGAGAUUUGAUCAAUACAUUCAUUAUUUUUAGAACAAUACUGAUUACAAUCCCUUUUAUAUAUUUGACGGAGACAUUCCUCAAAAUAUGUUAAAUUAAUACAAGAUACCAUACUUAUUUCCAUAAGACUACCUAGCUUACUUGAAGUAAAGAAGACCACAAUAUAGGUGGAUUCUAUGUGGGUAAAUCAAUUGAUAUAUUAGUCCUAAGCAAUCUGGAUCAAUGAUUCAUAUAGAUCCCUAUGAAACCUCUGCUUGGAAUUGUGUUGUUUUAGGGAAAAAAAGAUGGGUUAUGUUUCCACCAUCUGUAGAUAAGAAUAUUAUAAAAGGUAUGUUUGAUUGAAAUUACAAUAAUAGGAAAAUCAUUAAUUAGCAAGGAUGUCUUAGAGAAUAUUAAUAAUCCAAUUGAUUAUUUUAGUAUCAUAGUUCCUUUGGUAAAGAAGCACUGCGAUUCAUAAAAUAUUAAAUAUUAUGAUUUCAUUUAGAGUGAGCAUGAAACUGUUUAUGUUCCAAAUGGAUGGUGGCAUGCUGUGUUGAAUAUUGAAGAUUGUGUUGCUGUAACUCAGAAUUAUGUUUGUGAUUAAAACUUGGAGAAAUUUUGGAUUGCUUUUAAUAAAGAAAAUCCAACAUUAAGUUAAUAGUUUUUAACUAAUGUGUAAUAAGAAAAUGAGGAAUUAUAUAAUAGGAUUUUGGCAUUGAAUGAGAAAUUCAAUAUCCAAAUUAAAUCGUUAUAAUAGAAUGACAAUAACUCAGAGUAAGAUUCGUUGGAAGAGUUUUAGAAUUAGUUUGACUGA